AUGUCUGAACCCAUCAGGAAUAAGAAGGCUGAUUUCCCGGUCGCUCCGACCCCGCAAAACACCCCAGCCAACAAUGCCCCUAUUUCCUCGCACGCCCAACAGCCUGGUGUCUCCAGCAUCAAGGAAGAAACCCUCGACAACGCAACAGCCGCUUCGCUCUUCGCUCGCAACCCCGCCCUGGUUUCGAUGAUUCAAGGCAAACUGGGCCAGCUCGUCGGUCGGUCAUCUGGCUACAUUGAAUCCCUACCCCCAGUCGUCCGCCGCCGCGUCGCCGGCUUGAAGGGUGUCCAGAAGGAGCACGCCAAGCUGGAGGCCCAGUUCCAGGAAGAGGUCCUGGAACUCGAAAAGAAGUAUUUCGCCAAGUUUACCCCCCUGUACGAGCGCCGGGCAACAAUCAUCAACGGAGGCGUGGAGCCCACCGAGGACGAGGUUGAAGCUGGCAAGGAAGACGAAGAGGAAGACGAAGACGAGGAGAACAAUGAUGCAGAGGAGCAGAAGGAGGAAAAUGAGGCCACUGAAGCCCUGGCCGGUAUCCCCGAGUUCUGGUUGUCAGCCAUGAAGAACCAGAUCUCGCUCGCUGAAAUGAUCACCGAGCGGGAUGAGGAGGCCCUCAAGCACCUCACCGACAUUCGCAUGGAGUACCUGGAGCAACCUGGAUUCCGGUUGAUCUUUGAAUUCUCGGAGAACGAGUUCUUCACCAACAAGACCAUUUCCAAGACCUACUACUACAAGGAUGAGAGUGGAUACGGUGGCGACUUCAUCUACGACCAUGCCGACGGUUCCAAGAUCGAAUGGAAGGCAGAGAAGGAUCUCACUCUGCGUCUUGAGAGCAAGAAGCAGCGUAACAAGAACACCAAGCAGACCCGCGUCGUCAAGAUCAGCGUGCCCACCGAGUCUUUCUUCAACUUCUUCUCCCCCCCGCAACCCCCAACCGACGACGACGCCUCUAUUGCCAGCGACAUCGAAGAGCGUCUGGAGCUGGAUUAUCAACUGGGUGAGGAUAUCAAGGAGAAGUUGAUUCCCCGUGCGAUCGACUGGUUCACUGGUGAGGCACUCCACUACGAGGAGUUGGGUGAUGAGAUGGAUCCGGAUGAGUUCGAGGAUGAGGAUGACGAGGAUGACGAGGAUGAGGACGAUGAGGACGAUGAGGACGAGCGGGGAUCGGACCAGGAUGUUGAGGAUGACUCAGACGAAGAGGAUGGUACUUCUAAGCCCAAGAAGGAGGCAGCUGAGUGCAAGCAAAACUAG